AUGACUGCAGCAGUGAUUACAGUUGUGUUUAUCAUGUGUCAAAUACCGCUUUUCCCGGCCUCUGCAAAAGUUUCUGCCACUCCGUCGUUAACUUCCGGCAACACAGCCUUCCGCCUCUUUUGCACAGAAUCUACAGCAGCAGAGUGUGGGACGUAUACAUGGGGAGGAGAAGACUUCACGGACUACCACUGUUACAGCACUCCAUUUAUAUAUGGCGUAUACACUACGGCAACAUUCGGAACGCCAGUGAAUGGAUCAGUUACUAAGGUGACUCAAUAUGUUACAAAAAUAGGUGAUGAGAUGAUGAACACCUACUCCUCUUCAUUCGACGUGUCGACCUCAGCUCAAGCGACGACCACGACUGCACAUACACACGCUGGCAAUUCUGGCAAAUCCCAUUCAUCGAGGCCUUCAGGCACAAUUGCAGGUGGUGUUGUUGGGGCCGUUGCAGGCUGUGCUUUUAUUGGAGCCUGUGUCAUUCUAUUUUUGAGAAAAAAGAAGAAAACUCGCCAGCAAGACCAGUCGAACGAACUAGGACAAAAUGGGUAUCAGUCUGUCCCAGAAGACCAGUCUAGUCAAAACGAUCGGAAAUUACAUGCGGAGGUCGAGGCAAAUGACCCAUGUCAGAAGAUUGCGGAGAUCCCUGGAGAUAGCGCUCACAAUGUACCCCAUGAAGUUGACUCAAAGACCUUAAUUGCCGAGUUACCUGACAACAUCAAAAGGUGA